AUGGAGCAGACCUUCCAGACGCUGCUAAAAGCUGGUCGCAGCCAUGCUGAAACGGAGGAGGACAUGCGGCGAAUUUUCCGCCAUUUUGGCCACCAGGAAGAUCGGGGUUGGAGGCUUUCGCCGUUGGAGUUGGAGCAGCUUUUGCAGGCCGCUGAAGAAAGAUUGCUGCCAGAAGGUUUUGCCAGCCGAUUGUUCCAGGCAUGGGCACCAGGAUUAGACUCUUUGACAGAAGGCCGUUUCAUGACUGGAUUCCGGGUAUACCUGGAACAGAGGGAGCAGUGGUUUGAACAGUGGUGGUUGGCCAAGAGUGGCGGCACGUCCGCCAAACCACCGAGUCAUCGGUUGGUGAGUGAGCUGCGAAAGGAUGCUGCAGAAGUCGGCUUCGAACAAUUCCGUGAGUUUUGCAGCAACUUCGCCGAGGACUCAGGUUAUGUUCCUCCACCGGCGUCAUUUCUAAGAGCAGUUUGGCAGGCUUGUGUUGACAACGUGCGCAAGGAUUCUGGACGGAGGGGUGCGGAGACCCUUCCAGAUUCUGCAUACGAUGCACUUCUGGAUUCAUAUGCCGGCCAUUGGCGCUUGUGGCUAGAGGAUUGGAUUGCCGAACGCGAGGUCACAAGCGUGCCGGCAAAGAAGGAGGAGAGUGAAGAGGUUAAAGCUGCCAUCACGGUCCAACGACACUUCCGUGCCUACCAAGCUCGGAAGCGGGUAGACACCAAGAAGUCUGAGGUGCUUUUAUCGGAUUUGAUUCAGAACAUGUCGAACAAGGCAACAGCGGCAAAGCUUUUCGAAAGGUUUGACAGCGGGAAGAAGGACUACUGGACCGCAGAGGACAUGGCACGCUUCUGCGAUGAGCUUUGGCCAAAGCAGGAUGGCAUGCCUCCUCCUCCAGCUGCAUUUGGAGCGGAUGCCGUCAAGAAGGUGCGCUCACUAGCCGGUGCACGACCCCGGAAAGUUCUGGCGAAAAUGGCAGAAGAGGAGGAGGUGGUCCUCACGAGGGAAGAGUUCAGACGUGGUUUGUUGGCGUGGAAUGACAAGCGCCACCGGCAGCUGAAGAAGUGGGAACGUGCACGGUACUGUGAGGUGUAUGCAUGUCCAUGUUGCCGCGGGCGCUUCCGUGUUGUUGCAGUUCCCGUUGCUUCUGAAAGUCGCAGCCUGGAGAUUGCCAAAGUGAUAGAUGAAGGCAUAGCGCACGGAGUCACGGCGCUCACAGGUGUAAGGGAUCCUCCGCGUUUUCCGUUGCCGGGCCGGUUCACAGCCGCUCCUGGCAGCGCGGCUCGAAAGCUUCCACAUCCGAGUGAGGUGGCACAUCUACACAGCGAAGUGGCAAACGCGGUCGCCGCAGGUGCUGCAUUGUGCGUCUUGCCGCCGGGCUGUGCGAGGCCAGCUCUGGCUGGGCGGCUGCUGCUUCAAGCGGCGGUCACUGGAGCCGGCCGUGGAGCACCGGUGCUUCUGCUUGCCCAAGAUGGCGAGAUGGAUGCGGUUCAGUUAUGGAUCCAGUCAGCAUCGCCUGGGUAUCCAAUGACAAGGUUCUCCCCACAAGAGCCGAGCCGUUGGCAGGAGUCCAUUGGCAAGGUGUGUGGAAAUGAGCUGCCUCGGCUGCUGAUGGCCACGCCGAAAGUUUUCCAGGGGCUGGUGUUGGAUAACAAGGCAUCAGCCAAAAACGUUGACUUCGUUCUCAUGAGCUGCUCACAAAGUGAGGUCCCUUUGCUGAAGGAGUGUGAUGAACAAGCUCCCUUCACAAUUUCAGCUUCAAGGCCUCGGGUGGUUUGCCUCCUCGACUCCACCAGCCAGGCGCACGAGGCCCUGCUAGAACACCUCGAGGCGCUUCAGGAGGCAAAGGGGCACAUGUCCGCUGCCCUGGAGCAUUUGGAGGCGGCACAGUCCCUGCAUGGCCAACCUGGUGGCUUUGCGCAGGCCAACUUGGAAGAUUUCAGCCGACGAGUUGCCCGCUUUCCAGCUGCAGCGCGACCAACGGAGAUGGACCUGGAAGAUGUGCCAGAGGCGCUUCCUCUUGGCUUCACCGGGCCCCUUCAGGCGCUGAAGCGACGAGCCGUCAUCCCCGCCUUCCAGAAGGAUGAUCUCUCUAGUGAGAGUGAUGAGACCCCCUCCUCGUCACCAUCUCCAACCAAGGCUGCGGACAUCUUGCCAAAGCCAGGACCGUCAGCACAAAGAGCGCCGGCGCCUGCCGCAUCGGCAGUACCAACGGCCAAACCAUCUCCUCAGAGCUUCUUCUAG